AAUACCAAGCUUACUCGUUCCUUCAUAUUUUGUUCAUCACCAGCGCCGACUCUCCAUCAUUUGCAGCAGCAAAUCGAAACUAACAAAUACUCCGACCGAAUUCUCUGCUCUCUAAAGUUUGUUUUCCGGCGAACCAUAGCCGUCUUAAAUCAAGUUUUUAUGGGAGUUGAAGCAAAUCCCUAAGACCUGAGAAUCAAAGUGCAAAAUGAUUGCACUUUCCUCUCACUGUUUGAGGCUCUUCGUAGGCUCUGCCUCCUUUUACCAGAAUCCAUGGUCGGAGCGGAGCACAUUUCUCAGAGGCCAAUUCCAUAGCAAACAUCUGCUUAGAUUCAGCACAGUUCGUCAAAGGAAAAUUCGAUCCAGCAAUUCUGGCUGUGUAGUUUCCCCAAAAUGUGUGUUGCCAUUGACGGAGGAGAACGUCGAGCAAGUGUUGGAUGAGGUGAGGCCGGGGCUCAUGGCCGACGGAGGGAAUGUAGCUCUACAUGAGAUUGAUGGCCUUGUUGUGGUAUUAAAACUCCAAGGCGCCUGCGGAUCGUGCCCGAGCUCAACAAUGACCCUCAAAAUGGGGAUUGAAACUCGUCUUCGUGAUAAAAUUCCUGAAAUCGAAGCUGUUGAGCAGAUCCUCGAUACAGAAACAGGCCUAGAGUUGAAUGAAGAGAAUAUAGAGAAGGUUCUAUCUGAGAUCAGACCAUAUCUUGCCGGCACCGGUGGUGGGGAACUCGAACUCGUUCAGAUCAUAGACUAUAUUGUAAAAGUACGGCUUGGCGGACCGGCGGCCGGGGUGAUGACAGUGAGAGUGGCUCUCACACAAAAGCUUAGAGAAAAAAUACCAACCAUUGCAGCUGUUCAAUUGAUAGAGUGAAUAGUUAGUGAAAAUGGGUAUCCUAUUUCUUGCUAAAAGUUAUGUGUCACACACGUAUAUACAUAUACGGCGAUUGUUGAUAAAAUUGUUUAGGCAAAAUAGCAAAAAACCCCCUGUAGUUUUACGAAUUCGCUGAAAACCCUCGUGGUUCUAAAAUUCCAAAAAACAUACUUGUGUUUUCCAAAA